CAGCUUUCUUCUCCUACACUGAUACUGCUUCUCAUAUUAUUCGUUUCUUCCUUCACUUGGCUACCCUCAACACGUACUCAAGAGAGAGAGAGAUCAGAAGUAGUGAGAGAUCAAUGGCGGAUUGGGGCCCAGUGGUGAUAGCGGUGGUGCUGUUCGUGCUGUUGAGUCCAGGGCUGUUGAUCCAGUUCCCUGGGAGAAACAGAGUGGUGGAGUUUGGGAACAUGCAUACCAGUGGGCUUUCCAUCCUUGUCCACACUGUCAUCUUUUUUGGUCUCAUCACCAUCCUCCUCAUUGCUGUUGGUGUUCACAUUUACACUGGAUGAUGAUGUUCCUAUAUAUUGCCAAGAUUUGUUACUUUUUUUUUUUUUUUUUUUUUUUUUUUUUUUUCUUUUUUUCUUUUUUUCAUUUUGUGUGUGUGCCUUGUUUCCAUUUGAUGAUUGCCAUGUUGUUUUCAAAUUUCUGAGAUGUUGCAAAGGGGUCAAGUUUGUCAUCAUGGUUCUAUUUGAUACAUUUGAUGAUUAGUGAAUCAUGUUAUCUGUUAUGCCAGUUUCAAUGACUGAUUCCACCCCCCACAAAAAGGGUUACAGUAAUUGAAAGGACACAUAUUUGAGCUUAUCAAGUGUAAAUUAUUCAUUUUGUUA